AUGGCCGAGAUUACGUUUAUGUCGGUUGACCCGGACAACGAGAUCUCAGAUCAAGACGAAGCUGAAAAUUAUGAUGAUAACAAGAAGACUUCAGACGUUUGUGUGCCGCAUAUGAAAGAGAUUGAACAACACCUAAACAGCUAUAAAGGAAAAAUAGAUCCUGGAGCAGAGGUACUUGAAAUUUGUGGCGAUACCGUUAAUCCUAACAAAAAAGUUAACGCUGAGGAUUUUCAAAUAUUAAAAGUUAUCGGGAAGGGUGGAUAUGGCACCGUAUAUCUCGUCCAAAAAACCACGAAGAGUCCGGACAAGGACAAGUUUUAUGCGAUGAAAGUUCUUAAGAAAGCUAAAUUAAUUCGUAACGAAAAGAAUACUGUCCACACAGUUUCUGAACGGAAUAUUUUACAAAUGCUUAAGCAUCCUUUUUUGGUGCGACUCCAUUAUGCUUUCCAAAAUCGAUCGAAUUUAUAUAUAGUUCUUGAGUAUUGCCCUGGUGGUGAACUAUUCAGAUAUUUGGAACGAGAAUGCUUUCUCAUGGAGGAUGCAGCCUGCUUCUAUAUAUCCGAAAUUGCCCUAGCAAUCGGUCAUUUGCACUCUCUUGGCAUAAUUUACCGUGAUCUUAAACCCGAAAAUAUUCUCUUGGACAAAGACGGUCAUGUCAAACUGACGGACUUCGGUCUAUCUAAAGAGGGCGUGGGCACAACUAAUACUUUCUGUGGAACUAUUGAGUAUAUGGCCCCAGAAAUUAUUCGAUGUGGAGGACACGGACGAGCUGUAGACUGGUGGAGCUUGGGGACUUUACUUUUUGACAUGCUCUCUGGCGGGCCUCCAUUUAGCCAAGAAGCUGACAAGAAAGCGACUGCUGAGAAAAUUAUUAAGAGUCAAGUUCGGUUCCCUCCAUCCUUCUCAACUGAAGCUGUUCAGCUUAUACGUGGCCUGCUUAAAAAGGAUCCUAAGGAGCGACUUGGAACUAAGAAUGACGUAGAGGAAAUCAAGGAACAAGCAUUCUUUGCUCGACAUGGUAUUAACUGGGAUGACGUGUACAAUCGCAGAAUGGAGCCACCAUAUACACCGGAACUUUCUUCUGAAUCCGAUGUCUCCAUGUUCGACCCCAGCUUUACUAAAAUGAAACCAAUUGUCAGUCCUGGAAAUUCUGAUGAUCCCAUACCUGCUGAUCUAUUUCAAGCGGGGCACAGCAGGUCUCUCACCUCGCGUGGGAGUUUCAAUUCGCAGGCUGAGGUUGAAGCACCACCAAUGAUGGGUAACGGUGGUGUAGAUCUGAGCGAUUUCGCCAGCCCUCCUCGUCCCGCACAGCUCGCAACGACCAUGGUAAGUGGUCUUGAAAUGCUCACGGAAGUGGACGAUGAGGACAAUAUCCCGGGUGCAAAAGUGAUUGGUCAUAAUGGCAACGGUCAUGGUUGCAGUGCUACUACUUCUAAGAAACCUCACCACAGUACAAAGACACCAAACAUCACACCAACAUCACAGGCCCCGAAAAAAUCGAUCGGUGCUUCAAAGGCUUCUACUUCCAAUGUUUCAACUGUUCCGAAAAUUCCAACGCCAAAGAAUGAGGUACGCAGACUUGCCGAUACCAAACCCUGCUCUUAUCCGAAUCUACUGAUAACUCGCAGUGGUGAUACACCAGCUACCAGCGCUGUAGGCUCGAAUGGCCAUUCUUCCAAUGUUGCAACACCCACUACUCCAGCUAACUCUACUGUUGCACCUGAUGCCAUUAGCGUGAACAGCGCGAACUCUACUGGGUCGGGGUCGAAGACACCACUUCACUUUCUCCACCAUAACAUGCAUCGCCAGGGAUCUUCUGAACUUCAUAGCAAAGAUGGAAAGUGUUCUGUUAUGUGA